AAAUCAGAGAUAGCAACAACUUCACAAUCCACACCUCUCUAUUUAAACACCAUUGCACACAUCUCACAUAUUCAUCAAACAAUCUCAAUCAGUUCAAAAUCUCCUUUCCACAUUGCAAUGAUGAUUAAGCAAUCACCUUUCUUGCUUUUAACUGUAAUCUUGUUCACAAUUGCUGUGUUUGUAGCAGCACUUGAUCCUUCACCUGAAGACCCUAUUUUCGAACUCUACAUGCAUGAUUUACUUGGAGGAAGCAGCCCCACGGCAAGGCCGAUCACAGGUUUGCUCGGGAACAUUUACAACGGUCAAGUUCCGUUUGCUAAGCAGAUUGGUUUCACUCCUCCUGAAAACGGUAUAGCCAUACCAAAUGCAAACGGCGCACUCCCAACGGUUAACGGCAUCAACGGUGUACCUCUUGGGACAGGCUUGUCUGGUACAGCCUACUCUGGUCAGAACCUGAAUGGGAUUCAGACUCAGUUGGGUCCUGAUGGUCUGAGUCUCGGGUUUGGUACCAUUACCGUGAUCGAUGACAUACUCACAUCUGGUCCUGACUUGGGUUCGCAGCCUCUUGGUAAGGCUCAAGGAGUUUAUGUUGCAAGUUCUGCAGAUGGAAGCACACAGAUGAUGGCUUUCACAGCUAUGCUUGAAGGUGGCGAGUACAAUGACAACCUCAACUUCUACGGAAUUUACAGGAUCGGAAGUGCCAUGUCGCAUCUAUCAGUGACUGGAGGAACAGGUAGGUUCAAGAACGCUUGUGGGUUUGCAGAGGUCAGACCAUUGAUUCCAUCAGGUCAGCAUGUAGUGGAUGGAGCAGAGUCUUUGCUGAGGAUCAUUGUCCAUCUGAAGUACUAAAACAACACAAAAAGAGCCGUCCCAUUUAAACUUCUG